ACAGUCGUUGUGAAACUUACGUUUGUGUCAUUGCACAAAUUCUGCUCUUGGGUCUGCUAUUAAAUGUGAGCGUUGGAGAAGAAGAAUGAGCCCCGUUUACGUCUGGGUUACUCUGCUGUCUGUGGGGGUCUCUGGUGCGGAGCUCGGGGACACAGCGGCACCGCCCCCGGAAUGCCUGAACAUUAUCAUCACAUUCCUAGACCCAAGAGACUGUAAGAACGGAACACAAGAGAAAUAUAUCUGCACACCAGCGGAACAUAAUAACAAUAUAAUCUACCAUUGCCAGAGAGAUAUCCAGGCCUCCGCUGCUCCCUCUACUGACCCAGAGCUUGUGGUUCUCGCGCUUUCAGACACUGGUAGAAAGAGAUCACGGAGCGGAGGCAGAAAGGGAAAAGACAGAAGUGCAGAAGAUGAGAAAGAUGAUAACAGUGGAGAGAAUACACAUGGUGGAUCACACUGCAAACCGAAAAACGGUCACAGCUGUAACGGUAGAAGCCCAGGUGACGGAGGAAAAACAAAAGGCAACAAUGACAGGAUUGGGGGAACCAGUGAUCAGGAUAAAAUGACAACACCAGGAACAACCCGUUUAUCCCGUGACGGGAAGAUCCUUCUCCCCAUUCUCCUGAUACUGCUUGUCCUGAUUAUAGUUGGUGCUGUCCUGUGGACAUGGAAAUACAAGUGUCAACGUAAGCAGAGGACUUAUUCAGCCAGAGGUGACAGCACUGUGGAGAUGGAGCCUAAGAAACACGUGACGACCGUCUACGUCACAGCCAGUGAUCCGGGAGUGACCGGGGACCUGCUACCACCCGCCAAAUCUCACCAUCUCUACCAGGAAAUUUAUGAUGUGCCUAUGGAGUCGGGUAAGAAGCAGCCAGACACGACCUACUCCACCGCUGGGAUCCCAUAUGACGUUCCGCAGCCUGUGUCCCCGGCUCAGCCUCCAGCAGACGGAUCCUCAGCCCAGUGAUGCGGCAUCUCUGCGUCAGCAGUAUAUAGACAAUCAACAGACAACACCAGAUGGUCGACGGGCUCAAAAAGUCAACAGGGCUCAAAGGGGAACCAUUAAAUGGUCAACAUGGACUUACUGUAGAUCAGAAGGGUCAAAAGGUCAACAUUAAAAUUGUCGACACAGAGAAGGUAAACGCUUUUUCUCUGACGUCCUAGUGGAUGCUGGGGACUCCGUAAGGAC